UGUUUAUGAGCAUGUAAGUUUAUGCCCUUUUUACCUUCUUUCGAUCGCAAAGACUAUAGACAACUAAAAGAAAUACCAGUCACUUCAACACCUAUAUUCGAAGGUCACCUCUAUGUUCGCAACGAUAAGAAACAAUGGCUUUGGCGACUAUUUCGAUUUGAUGGAUCCAGUUUUACUUGUCUCUCAAAACGAAAAGUGAAAGGCAGUACAUCCAAUCUUUUAUUAACAUCGCCUAAACGAUUGACGGUCAUGGACCCUCCAGAACAAGCUAAAUACUAUCAAUUGCCUGAAUGGACAGUGGAUGUGGCACAUAUGACAUCGAUUUCUGUCCUUAAACGAAAAAAUUCCAAUCAACCUUCUAAAUGUUUCUCUAUUCGGUCCUUUGAUGGUACUUUUAUAUUAAAAGCACAUAAACAUAAAGACUUGGAACGAUGGCUAUUUGUCUUGACAAAAAUGUGGAGUUUUAGUCAACAACAACAACAACAACAUGUAGUACAAGAUGAAGAUGAUGUCCCAUUGGUUCAGAUCAAACACCCUGUUCUCUCUCAAGAAAAAGUCCAAAUCAUUGAAGCCUGGCGUAUGUCUCUAGCUGAAUUAAUGGCCAAUGAUCCCACCAUCAAACCACCACCCAUUGAACCUAUACCAGAUGAUGAUAACAUGAGUGUCUUUACAGACAUGACGAGCGUGAGUAAUCGACAUCGCACCAAAAGACGAGUCUCGACAAAACGAUCAUUGAAACGAGCCAUGCCUCAUGCAAGUCAAGAACUGCCAUUGCAGACCAAACCACAAAAACUGAAAAAGAAAAGAUCAGACGACGUACGCAACUGGAUGAACACAAAAAAAUCCAUGAAAAAACCUCCUGAAAUGCUCCAUUUCUUUCAAGAUGCACUCAGUGUGUAUCAUGAUGCUAUGGAAUCAAGAAAAGAAGGAGAAGAGCAUAAAUUAAGAUACCAUCCAUCUGUAGGUUGUAAGAGACUGGUUCAAGUAGGUUCAGAUGAUAAACGAAGAGCAUCUAUGCCCUUGUCAGAAAUACCUUGUCUAUUGGAUCCUCAAUGGAUGUCUCCUCUUCAGUUAUUGGCACUUAACCCACCUCGGAUCGAACAAGAUGAAGAAGAAAUCAGUCUGGCUGACUUACAAAAGUCGUUGCGGAAUAUUCAAUUACAAACAAGACGUGCAAGAUCUCCAUCUGUAUCUUCCCUUCAAGAUUUACAGCGUCUUUAUCCUUCGCCUUUUUAUCCUAUCAAGGGUUCUGCAAUAGACAAACAAAGACCUGCUCUUCAUUAUCCUAUCUAAUUUUAUGCGAGCAGUAAUGACAAACAAGGAAUUAGUUGCAUCAAACAAAUAACAAUGGCUGCAUAGUCACACAAGUGUUUCAUAGCCAGCGCUUUUUUUUCCCUCUCUCCCCUUUUCUCUCUCUCUUUUCU